AUGGAAACGGUCGUUUCCAUGACAGCCACGCAAACCGAGACCCCGAUGGAGUCGAAACAGAGGCAGAUCUUCCAGUGCACUCUGUCCAAAGACCUGCAGGCCCUCCAGCAGCUCUUUGAGGACUGGGAGGACUCAGAGGAGAACCAGGACCGGGACCAGGACCAGGACCAGGACCAGGACCGGGACCAGGACUGGUUUGGAGAGACGGAUGAGGCCGGCAGGAACGCGCUCCUAAUCGCGUCCAUGGCCGGAAGCACCGCGAUAGUCCGUGAACUCAUCACGCACGGGGCCCGGGUGGAUGUGGGGACAGUCCGGGGCUACACGGCCCUGCACCUGGCGGCCUGCUGGGGUCACCUGCAGACGGUCAGGACUCUGCUGGAGCUGGGGGCCGACCCCGAGGCCCGGACCUUCAGGGGGGAGCGGGCCCUGGACCUGGCCCGGAAGUACUCCAGAGCCGGGUGUGCUGAGAGCCUGAGACGGGCCCAGGCCCAGCGCGCCCCCCCCACCCCCACCGACUGAACACGCCUCAUCUAUCAGACCAAAACCAGCCAGAAGC